GUUCAGAUUUCUUUCUGAUUGCUAACUGGAGGUACUACAUCUAGAGAAAAUGAAUGUUUGCUGAGAAAGCGAAGGACAACAAGCCUGAGAAAAGGCUUCUAGAGGCACAAGAAUGCGGUGCAAAAUUCAGAUAUUGCUCUUAUACUGCAUUGCAAGUGAAGUUUCGAUGGCAAAGCAGCUUGAUUCUAGAAGAAAUUUCCCCCGAGGACUUUACUCUGUAGAAGACAGGGGGUCUGCUAAGUGGAACAGGAUUAAAAGGAGUCCAUAUCAGGGAAGUUCCUGCAGGAUACGAGGCUGUUGCACAGGAAGAGAUGAUGACUGCAGCUUUACCAUUGUCUCCAGGGGAGCUAUAUGUUACUGUGACCAGUACUGUACCUCAGGCUCUCCUGGGCCUGUAGACUGUUGUGCUGACUACUGGGAUGUCUGCAACCACCCUGUGGAGCCCACCAGGUCGGAGGAGCCUUGGCCACCUCCAACAUGGGGUUGUUAUAAAGAUGGCCGAUAUUACGGAGAAGGAACAAUAAUUAAAGACAACUGCAAUUCCUGCAAAUGUUUCAACAGUCUCUGGGAAUGUUCAACAGACGUAUGCCUUGUUCGCCAAGACUUAAUUCAGCACAUCAAUUCUGGAGAUUAUGGAUGGAAAGCUGACAACUACAGUCAGUUCUGGGGAAUGACAGUGGAAGAAGGUUUCAAAAAGCGCCUGGGCACCUUCCCUCCAUCUCAUUCUUUACUGAAUAUGAGAGAAGCUCCAGGAAAGUCACUUCCAGAAGAAAAGUUUCCUGCAAUUUUUUCAGCGACUUAUGAAUGGCCUGAGUGGAUUCAUGAUCCUUUGGAUCAACGAAACUGUGGAGCAUCCUGGGCUUUUUCAACCGCAAGUGUUGCAGCAGAUAGAAUAGCAAUUCAUUCCAAGGGUCAGGUCACAGACAACCUUUCUGCUCAGAACUUGAUCUCUUGUGAUACCAGGAACCAACAUGGAUGUAAUGGUGGAAGUAUUGAUGGUGCUUGGAGAUAUCUGAGAACACAUGGGGUUGUAUCAUAUGCUUGUUAUCCAUCGUUUUGGAACAAACACCUGGGGCCAUCAGCAGAAAAUCGCUGUUAUGUGUCAAGUGAACAUGGAAAAAACUAUACAAAUGGGCCAUGUCCCAAUGCUUUUGAAAAAUCCAAUCGGUUAUACCGGUGUGCCUCUCAUUACAGGGUGUCCUCAAAAGAAACCGAUAUAAUGAAAGAAAUCAUGGACAGAGGACCAGUGCAAGCGAUAAUGAAAGUGUAUGAAGAUUUUUUCCUUUACAAAGAGGGAAUAUAUCGCCACUCCCAGAAAGCAGGAUCUAAAUGGAAAACUCAUUCAGUCAAACUCCUUGGGUGGGGAGCCUUACGUGACAAAAAUGGACAGAAACAGAAGUUCUGGAUUGCUGCAAAUUCCUGGGGAAAAUCCUGGGGAGAAAAUGGUUAUUUUAGGAUUCUACGUGGACAAAAUGAGUGUGAUAUUGAGAAGCUGAUUUUAGCUACUUUGGGACAGCCAUAGUUUAUCUGUACCAUAUUCUGCUUGAUGCAUCUAUUCUUUCCAUUGUUGUAUAUCGAGUCCUUAUGGGGAAAUAAUAAUGUCUUCUCUCUAAGUUACCUUUCUGUUAGUACUCAUGAGGUCUUCCUGACUUGAACACACUGCAGGCAUCACAGCACUCUUGGAUCUCACCUGGUACAAACACCCCUUUAGGCUAAAAGCAUGUUAUAUCCAGGACUACUGAAAACCUUGAUGUGUCACAGAGCAGGAAGUUCCCUCCUGAUUGAAUAAUGCCUGAAAUAAAUGGAGUUACGCUGUUAGCAUGAAUAUCUUUACAAUACAUACUCCAAUCAGAAAUUACUUCAGAAAUAUUAUGUACUCUUCCAAACAAAAUUGGCUCAGCUCAUGAUCAUACUGAAUAACAAAUUCCAAAGAAAUGUAACCAGUUCUGAUCCUGUAGCUGAAGACUUAUUUCCUAUCCACCUUACUUACAACUGAGUAGAUAAGUUGUAUCUAUGUAUCAAUAUCUCAUCCAGGAUAUUAUAUUUUUUCUAGUAGAUCCCACAAAGUUGAUGCAUUCAGUGUAAUACAAAAAUAGCUUGCAGUGAAAGAGUGUAUUCCUGUUCCUGCAAUCACAACCAAAACUGUAAAUUUUAAUAAUGUUUUAAUUAAAAUAAAGAAGAAAAUGUGAUUUCUCCUCAAUUCAGUCUAGAUUAGACUAAAUCUGGAACUGCUUGCCUUCCACUCCCUGUUUAACUUGAGAACAGGCAUGUGUCAACAUUCCCAAAAACCUUUUUCAAACAGAAGAUGAUGGAAAAGGUACUCUGUUGUUUGCCUCCACUGACAUAUCUGCAAUCCAGGCACAGUUUCUGGUGUUGGUGAUCAGGAUCACUAGUGCAAAUGAGACACGCAGAACUUCUAAUGUUUCCAUAGCUACUUCUGUCUGAAGAAGCAGCUUUUUGACCUACAUCCCCUCCUAUAAGCAUUGCUGCAAAUAUUGACAGGUUUGAGGACUCUUUUGCUUAUUUGCUAAUUAAAAUAUAGAUAUUGCAGCUAUUGACAUAAGAAGAAAUUAAAUGCUUUCUAGCCCUUUCAGUUUCAAUUAAUCCAAAGGCCAAAUGCCAACAGGAAUAAAAUUAUCUAUGAAAGAAAUCAUGGCAUGUUAAAUAAGUGGGGGGAAAAAGCUGCCAUGAAAUUUCAGUGAACAAAGAAUUUCCAGGGAUACCUUCAGUGUAUUUAACAGAAUAUGUUAAUUCUUUCUAGAAAAAGAACCUGAUUUCUAAUUCAUCAGAAAGUUCCUUCCAGAAUUUUUCAUGGUGGUAGUAUACAAAAGACACCCAUGCGUCUGAAAUAACAUCUCUUAAACUAAAGUUGGGUGACAAUUUAUGUUUCAUCACUACUAAAGGAGCUAUUGUUAAAAUGUCAGUAGCAUACUACAGCACAACAAGACUUCUGCGGCCUCUAGAGUCAUAUAGUAAACUGAGUUUAGACACAAAAAAACCUUUAUUACUUGAAAUUUGUAGCAAACUGUAACACAAGCAAUUUUAGAAGCUCUAAAUGCUCUCAGACAAAUAACUUUUCUAGUUUUAGUGAGAUAAGCCAGUACUUGAGAGGAAAGUGUACUGAAUCAUCUACACACCUAUUUCCCAACCUCUUGGUAUAUAUUGAUUCCAUAAAUGUCAAGAUUUCAGAAGAGUAUAAUUUAACUUUGGAGUGAAUGACACUGUAAAAACAUGUUCAGUAAAUUCUGGGGGGGAUUAUUUAGUUCAACUUCAAAUUGGUCUGCACAGCUGUGGUUUUUACUUUUGCCAGUGGCUGUUGCUGCUCCUGAUUUGCUUAUGAGAUCUUCCUAAGAUCUGGUCUCUAAUGUAAAACUUCUUCAGUGAUGAGAAAACUCAAAACUACUUUCCUAGAUCUUUAACAGAUCAAACGGUCAUAUUGGCUUGAACAAAAUACCACAUGCAAGUGAAAGAAAUCCAACCAUAUUGAAGCAAUUGAAUGGUUUAAAAAGUCGUACUGCUUUACCCACCCUCCAGAAUUAACCUUUUGUGACUAUACCUUUUGGUUCUUAUGUAUAUGGGAAAUGCUAAUUUUUUUAUUGUUCCAAGUGUAUAAAAAUGAGAGUCUGGCAUACUGAAAUCGAGUUAGCUUUGUGGAUGCACCACCUGGCACAUAUUUCUGUGCAGAUAUGAAAUAAACAAGUAUCUUGA